UCCCAACCAACCCCCUACCUCGCUUCCCCCCUUUCUCCGGCAUAUUUCCUUGCCUGCGUUUGGAAGGGUAAAAGAGGCGAAACUGACACGCGAACCCGGGGAAAAGGAGGGCGGUGGAGGAAACCGCAUAGGCCGUGGCUAUGGCCACGUUCACCCGUGCGGAAUUCUACCAGCAGCUGCUGACGGGUUGCAUGCUGCCCACCGCUCAGCAAGGUUUCGAACAGGUCUGGACGCUUCUUCUCUUGUGCCUGCUGUGUCGUCUCUUUUGGAGGCUGGCUCUGCCGUCUUACGCCAAGCACCUCAGCACCGUGGCUGGUGGCUUCUAUGCCCUCUACCACUUCUUCCAGCUGCAGAUGGUGUGGGUCGUGCUGCUGAGCCUUCUCUGCUACCUGGUGCUGUUCUUGUGUCGCCACUCGACCCAGCGGGGCGUCCUCCUCUCCAUCACUAUCCUCAUCUAUUUGCUGAUGGGGGAGAUGCACAUGGUAGACACCAUGACGUGGCACAAGAUGAGAGGAGCGCAAAUGAUUGUGGCCAUGAAGGCUGUGUCGCUGGGCUUUGAUUUGGACCGGGGUGAGGUGCCGUCCAUCCCUUCCCCAGUGGAAUUCAUGGGUUAUAUCUACUUCGUUGGGACGGUCAUCUUUGGGCCUUGGUUCCGCUUUCGCACCUACCUACAGGCCGUGGAGAGCAGGGAAAUGAGCUUCUCCUGGUUCAAGAAGGUGUGCUGGAGCAGUUUCCUCUCCCUGGUGUGUCUCAUCAUGUCCACUUGCAUAGCCCCCUACCUCUUCUCUUACUUCAUCCCCCUCUACAGCUACAAGCUGCUCAGAAAGUGGCUCCGGGCAUAUGAAAGCGCCAGUUCUUUCCACUUCAGCAACUAUUUUGUAGGCUUUCUCUCUGAAGCGACAGCCACAUUGGCAGGGGCCGGCUUCACAGAGGAGAAGGAUCAUUUGAAAUGGGAUCUAACAGUGUCUCGCCCCCUGAAUGUGGAACUGCCCCGUUCUAUGGUGGAAGUGGUCACCAGUUGGAAUCUGCCUAUGUCCCGUUGGCUGAACACCUAUGUCUUUAAGAGCUCCCUGAAACUGGGCACCUUUUCGGCAAUCAUCGUAACCUAUGCUGCAAGCGCCCUCUUACAUGGGCUGAGUUUUCACCUGGCUGCUGUGCUUUUAUCACUUGGCUUCAUCACUUACAUAGAACAUGUUCUUCGGAAGCGUCUGUCGGUCAUAUUCAACGCCUGCAUACUCUCUAAGAAGUGCCAGCCGGGGUGUUCGCAUCACCACACCACAGAUUUUUGGGUUCGCCUCCUCAACUUGCUCUUUGGGGUGCUAGCGGUGUUUCACCUGGCCUACCUCGGCUCGUUGUUUGACAUGGACGCUGAUGACUCCGUGGAAGAGCAGGGCUAUGGCAUGUCUUAUACUAUCCAAAAGUGGUCCGAGCUGAACUGGGCCAGCCACUGGGUGACCUUUGGGUGCUGGGUCUUCUACCGGCUCAUCAGCUGAACUUUGACCUCUGUGCAGACUUGAGGAAAUGGAGCAGGAGGGCAAAAGGAGAGGUGGAGCUCAGGACCCGCCUUUCACGCCAAGAAAACUGGAUGCUGCCAAGGACUUGAACACUCCGGAUGCUGCCUGAUCCUUUUCCUUAUGGGACCCACUUAUUCAGGGAAGGGGUCUGUAGCUGGGGGUGACCUUAGGUAAAUCCUGACCCAUUGCCCUCAAAAGGAAGUAAAUUAGGUCAAAGAAAGGACUGCUGAGAGAGAGAGAGAGAAAGAGAGAGUUCUCUUUCCUCUCUACCAAAUGACUACCUGGGGAAACAGCACCCCAUACCGCUUGGAAAAUUUUUGCCUCGCCUUGGGAAUUUCCUUUAUUAGCAAUCUGUGGCAACUACACCAGCUCUUCUUUUAUGUCGCCGUAUGAUCAAAACGGUCUCCUCCUCUUAAUUCAAUGCAUGCUCUCUUAUUCCUUUCUUCUCUCUUGUUGCUCAGCGUGUGGCCUGCAACCACGGUUUUCCUUACACCUCUCAUUUUUGCCGGGAUUGGUCUUUUGUUGUGACUCGCUGCUCAUUAGCCUGUUGGAAUGUUUAUCUUUUAAAAUGUAUACAGGGUUUUAAACAUCCCUAGUUUGGAAGGUAGGGCAAGGCAACUCUUCACCGACCCUGCCGUCCUGCAUGCAAAAUAAAUGUAUGCAAAUCCAGCAGUUUUGCAUAAUUUAUUUUGUUUCCAAGAUCCCUGCGUUCGACGCAUCCAAAAUUUUUGUUAAGGGCAGAAAAGAAGAAAAGGAUAUUGAGCACAUGGCUAGGGGAGGUGAAAAGGCAAACCCUAUCCAUGCAGAAAAGCAAAUUGCUAUCAGAGCACUGAAAUUCGACCCAUUCCAACCGCUGGAAUGCUUGCUGCAAAAUAUUCUUUGUUUGCAGUGUGUAGACUAGAAAAUCGCUCCAUUUUUUUUCUAAAUUAAAGCUGAAAUGCUCA